AUGUGGUCAAGGAAGGAGCUCCGCAAGCCGAAGAAGGUGUCUCUCAUUUGCAGCCUGCUGCGCCAGUCCCUUCAUGGGGAGUCUGGCCAGAUUGUCUGAGACCUCUCUGCCCUUGUCCAAGAUGAGAAGCUGGUGACACAGGAGGCUGCCCGCCUGGGGGCCUGUCACAACAAAAGCAACUUCACCCCCAUCCAAAUAAAUGCACUCCUGACCCAUUACAACAACUUAGAGGGAAACCGCUUCUUUGAUCCUCAGGACAAAUUGUCUUUUGUGUUUGACCACCUGUGUGGGGUAACCAGCAAAACCCAAAGGCAGGGUGUGAUGCUAGGUGAGGGGGAGCUGUGGCGAGAGGCCCUUCACAAGGGCUUCACGGCCUACGUGAGCUGCCACUUUCCUGUGGGGACCUGCGGUGUGUUCAAAAAAGGCCUGGGGAAGAGGCAGAUGUUUGUGGCCUGCAUUGAGGCUCAUCAGUACCAGCCUUCAAAUCACUGGAACAGCCUGUGGAAGUCAGGCUGGACUUUUGCCCUGACUCCUGUUACCACUCAAGUUACAGGGAUCUGUCCCCUCCAGGUACACUACUUCAAAGAUGCCAACCUCCAUGUAACUGUCAGCAAGUCUGUGAGUGAGACUCUAAAUGUGAUAGACCAAAGUCAACGUGCUACAGACUUUGUGAAACUCAUGAAAGCUGAGGACACCAAGUUUCAUGUUGCCAUCCUGGAAAACAUUCAGGCUUUGUCAGAGGAUAUAUGGGAAAAAAAUCUGCAGAGGAAACUCCCUGUUACUCACACUUCUAUGAGCUGGAAUAAACUAUUGAAUGAUCAGCAUCUGAACACCAGUGUCUCCAAUGCAGAAAUGCCUCCAUGCUUACUGAAACACACUAUUUGA